UAUGCCAUGCCGCAUGAAAUGAUUCUCUGAGGUUCGAGGACUUCAGUUUUGCUAUGACCAUCGUCGAGGUCACGAAGAAGUCUCGUUCUAGCCACUAACAUCCAAGAGAAGUUUAGUCAUUUUCACGUUUUCAUUUACCCCCACCUGGAUUAGAAAUAUGGAAUUUCGAACGUUUAUUAUGAUAGUGCUAUGCGGCGUUUCCCUCGGAGUAGAGAACCAAGAAAAAGAAAAAGGCUCAAAACCAACUUCUCUAAACACAAUUGCCCCGGAAGAAGAACCUCCUGAAGGUUAUUAUGCUUUUGUAGAGUCACCUAAUGCAGAGCCACCUAAAGUAAGGCCACCACCGUACCUUGAUAGUGAUAAAGAAUGUCACGAUUAUGUUGAGAAAUAAAAAAAAAAAAUUCUUAAAAACGUUGUUUUUCUUGGUCAGGCCGGAAACUUAUCAAUCCACCCUCGUAUAAAGAAUAUACUCAAAUCUUGGAAUCAAUCUAAUCAUCUGUAAGUAUUCUUUAAUUUAACAUUAUUGUAUUAUUUUUUCUACAGUGAACUAUUGAGAAAUCACACACUAAAAUUCUUGAGCAAAGCUUUGCCGAUACUCAAAGCUGAUGAUUCGCUACCAAAAGUUGCAAAGGUUCAACCCUUCUCCCAAAAUUCAGUCGAUACGGAUGAAAAACGAAGUAGAAGUAAGAGAACUGCAAAUUCUGAUGCCCAUGCGGAUCCGAAUCGUAAUGGACGCAAACUUUGUGAAAAUCAAACUGGAGUGAUGUGUAUGUUGUAUAAAGCAAUUCAAGGAGAGCCAGUAGCACCUGCAGCUGCUGAACGACGAGAUGAAGCACCUCCAUCUGAAUAUUAUCAACGACCUGCACCCCAAGAAAAACCAGAGUAUACAGGACCUCCUACUCCUUGCCCAGCAAAAGUAGAAUAUGCAACACCAGUUUUUGCAAAAAAUUAUCAAGGAGUAUGGCGUUAUGUUGUCCAAAUUCCGUACGAGGGAUACUUCACACAGACAAUUGAAGUUACCAGAUGCAUGCAAUCGCGAUGCCACUAUUUGGAUGGAGGUUGUCUUUCAUCUCCCAGAUGGACGAGUUUGCUAGUGGCAGAAAUUUUCUAUCCAGACACAUUUUUGGAAGAAAACCAAAAUAACCGACUUCCAGGACCCAGAGAUCCUGUCACUGUGUCCCCACCCCCAGUUCACGAUUUCCAAAAUUAUCAACAAUAUUUACAAAAACGAGCUGGAGAAAAUGAAGGACGCAGUAGUUCAGGAUCUCAUUUGCAUCACUGUGACGGAGUCGAUGAAAUGGGAUGUUUUCAGGUACGACUUUACUACGACUGGUUCUUGGUCCCAGGAAGUUGCAAAUGCUGGCGCCCUGAUUACUUUAACCGCUACGUUCGUCGCAGUAGUUUAAGUUCAAGUUCAGAAUUGUAAAAAUUUCAUUUUAUAAUCACUCCAGUCAUCGCUUCAACAAGAAAAUUGCAUUGGUUUAAUAAUUGAUUAAUCAUUGAAAUUACUCAACCUGUGGCAAGUCUUCAUUCCCACAUAAUUAUAAUAUAAGAAAUAUUGCUUGUUCACGAACAAGGAAAAAAAAAAGAGUAAAAUUGUAUACUUUUUGACAGAGAAUUUCGACUGACUGACUGACUGA